GCAAGACCUCGGCAGACCCGCGCAAGAUGGGCAAGAGCACCGCCGUGCGGCGAGACGUCUUCUUUCGGUCGGCCAAGGAGGAAGGGUACCGCGCUCGCUCUGCGUACAAGCUCCUGCAGCUCGCCGAGCAGUUCCAGCUGUGGGAGGGCGUCGAGCGAUGCGUCGACCUGUGCGCUGCACCAGGCUCGUGGUGCCAGGUGCUCUCGCAGAAGCUCAAUGCCGAGGUCCCCGCCGCCGACGGUAGCGCUCGCAUCGUCGCCGUCGACCUGCAGCCCAUGGCCCCGCUACCCGGCGUCGUCCAGAUCGAGGGCGACAUCACCAAGACGAGCACGGCCGAGCAGAUCAUCUCGCACUUCAAGGGCGGCCGGGCCGACCUCGUCGUGUGCGACGGCGCACCCGACGUCACGGGCCUGCACGACCUCGACGAGUUCGUCCAGGCGCAGCUCCUCCUCGCAGCCCUCAACAUCACGCUCAGCGUCCUCCGACCGGGCGGCACGUUCGUCGCCAAGAUCUUCCGCGGUCGCGACGUGACGCUCCUGUACGACCAGCUGCGCUGCUUCUUCGACCGGGUCACGUGCGCAAAGCCGAGGAGCUCGCGCAACAGCAGCAUGGAGGCGUUCGUCGUGUGCGAGGGCUUCCGGGAAGGCUUCACGCCCGACCUCACCAAGCCGCUCCUCGACUUUUCCUACUCGACCACCGACUCGCCGACGACCGAGAGCGGCGGCAAGAACGACGUCUCGGGCGCCAUGCGCUUCAUCGCGCCGUUCGUCGCGUGCGGCGACCUGAGCGGGUUCGACUCUGAGACGCACUACCCGCUCUUGUCCGACAGCAUCGCCGCAGAACCUCUCCAGGCGCCGACAGCACCGGCGUACCGCGAGUUUUUCGAGCUGCGACGGAACGGCGCUCUCAACCAGCGCGCUUGACGUCCCUCCUCUCCUCUCAGUAGACGGCCUCGCGCCAGGUGUUGUAUCGCAUGAGCUCUAUUCGCAACG